AUCCCACUCUAUCGCAUCUAUAGUCCAAGCUCAAGGGACUACUUCUACACCAUGUCCAAAGAGGAGAUGGACAAUGCUGCGAACAACUACGGGUAUACCAACGAAGGCAUUACCGCAUAUAUCUGUCCUUUGCAGGUUGGGGUGACCAUCCUGCUCUACUGCCUGUGGAGCGAUGGGUGGCAGGACGGCUUUUACACUACGUCCAAGUCGGAGGCGGACAGCACAGUAAACAACCUAGGCUACUACUUAAGGGAGACUGCUGCCUUCAUCUAUUCUGCCCAAAACUGCGGCAGCAUCCCGUUGUACUGCAUGUACAGCCCUAAUGCCACCGAUCACUUCUACACCAUGUCAGAGAGCAAGAGGGACAAUGCCAUUACCAACCUUGGAUAUGUUGAUGAGGGUAUCCAGUGCUACGUCCUCCCUACCGAUGACUAA